AUGGCGUACGCCAUGGUGGGCAUCCCGCUGGGGCUGGUCAUGUUCCAAAGCAUCGGCGAGCGCCUCAACAAGUUCGCGUCGGUGCUCAUCUGCCGCGCCAAGCGCUACCUGCGCUGCCAGCGCACCGACGCCACCGAGAUGAACCUCAUGCUGGCCACGGGCAUGCUCUCCUCCGUCAUCAUCACGACCGGCGCCGCCGUCUUCUCCCGCUACGAGGGCUGGAGCUACUUCAACAGCUUCUACUACUGCUUCGUCACGCUCACCACCAUCGGCUUCGGCGACUACGUCGCGCUGCAGCAAGACCAGGCGCUCAUGCGGCAGCCGGGCUACGUGGCGCUGAGCCUCGUCUUCAUCCUGUUCGGGCUGGCUGUGGUAGCCGCCAGCAUCAACCUGCUCGUGCUGCGCUUCAUGACGAUGAACGCGAGGACGCCCGCCGCGAGGACAACGAACUGCAGUGCGUCGCACACGUGCUCACGUUGGACGGCGAGGUGCUGGCGUGAACGGAAGCUGCUGGCCGGCACCGCUGCUCGAUCUGCGGCGACAACGCCCGACCAGCUGUCCGUGUGCUCAUGCACGUCCUGGGCCCGGCCUCCUGUCGCACACAUGUCCGCUCGAGCCUCGUCUAACCACUCCGUUCGCGCAGCCGGCUCAGAGGGCAAGCGGCCCGGUGUGACCUUUGCGCGGCAGUGCACACUCCGACGCUCGAGCCUUCUCGUCGGCCUGGAGUGCGCUGCCCGCGCCCGCGCCGCUACGGCCACGACUGCCCGCCGCCUGUGGGCGGGCACGGCCGCGCACGCCCCCGCACGCCAGCGCCGCCCCGCACGCUCUGCUUCAACCCUUCAGUACUUCUUGCGUAAAGGAGGCGGAUGGCAAAGGGCUGCCUUUUCAUUCCUUGCAUUU